AUGACCGUCCCUUUUCCGUCUCGCCGCAUAUACCGGAUCUCAUGUCUGAUUAUCACGCCCUGCCUCGUUGCCAUCAUUGGCAUGGGCAUUUUUGGGCUCUGGUUUGGCAUGAACUCGGACGGUGAUAACGUCCAUCCUCUCCUCACUCAACUCAUCCCUGCGGGCCACUGUACUUGCAAGGCAUCGACAACAUUCAAUUGCACGAGCUGUGUAGACUUGAUCACCCCAACCACAUUCGAAACAGCAUCUCCGUCGCUGUCGCCAUCGCCUCCAGCCUGGACUUUCGUGUAUGGUCGUGAUGAUCGAAAUGUGGGCCUCACCAGGUCGCAGUGUCAGUCGUCCUUUCCGGGGCUAUUCGAGGAUGUCCACCGUGCUGUGCGCUUUUGGGCUUCUCGAGAUGGUAUCCAAAAGGAGUCUUUGGAUGGGAUCAAGUUACGAGGUGGCAUGGCGAGGGCGAUGAUAUUCAACGGAAAUCUUUAUGUCAUCGAAACGCGGGCCGCCCAAGAAGACCAUCGACGGAAGAUUUUGGGGGUCCUGAGCUCAAUUCACCGGGCUCUGCAGGAUAACGUACCUGACAUUGAGUUUAUCUUCUCGAUCGAGGACAGAGUCGACGACGUCUCUGGUACUGGUCAGCCCCUCUGGGUGCUUGGGAGGAAAGCUAGCGAAGAGUCUGUAUGGCUGAUACCCGACUUUGGAUUUUGGGCUUGGGGUAAUCCGUCAAGCAACAUCGGUCCUUAUGAUCAGGUGGUAGAGACCAUCGAAAGGAUCGAUUCGGAGGAUCGGAUGCCGUGGUCUUCAAAGACCCAGAAACUGCUUUGGAGAGGGAAACUUAGCUUUUCGCCCAAAUUGAGGCGAGGCUUGCUCGAAGCUGCGAGGAACAAGCCGUGGGGUGACGUGAAGGAGCUCGUCUGGAAAAAGAAGGAUAAUUUCAUCAGUAUGCAAAACCAUUGCAAGUACAUGUUUGUCGCACACGUUGAAGGCCGCGCUUUCUCAUCCUCUCUCAAAUACCGACAGGCGUGCCGAUCAGUCAUUGUCGCACACAAAUUGCAGUACAUCCAGCACCACCACUAUCUGCUCCAGUCCGAUGGUCCGCAUCAGAAUUUUGUCGAAGUUGAGCGCGACUUUUCAGACCUCUCCGAAAAGAUGAGCGAGCUCUUAGCGAAUCCAGAGAUGGCCAGAAAGAUCGCCGACAACAGUGUCAAGACUUUCCGACAGCGGUACCUCACACGCGCCGCCGAAGCAUGUUAUUGGCGGGAAUUGUGGGAAGGCUGGGCAAGCGCUUCCAGAGGAAAUCCGAUGCCAGACGAGUUGCCAGAUGAACGUGGUUUGAGAUAUGAAUCCUUCCUUCUCUUGGAGAGUAGCGAUAUGAUGGCCUUUUCGUACAAGCCUUGA